AUGUCGGCCGGCAAGAGACGCAAGUGGUACUCUCAGAUGGUGGCCACCCGCGAGACCUUCCCUCUCCGCCCACGCCCCUUCGUGAACGCCGGCUGCCUCGCCGGCACUACCGCCACCCUUAUGGAUGUGUGCCAGCAGUUGCCGCCGCUUAUGCACCGGCACGAAGACAGCAGCGACCAGAAGGCGCUCGGACGUCUGCUGGCAGACACCACCCUCCCGUACGCCCACUCGGCCGUCCUCGAUGUCAACGCGCACGUAUGUACGAAGCGAUGUGUCUGGUGUGGCGGCUGCCCGAUUUUUCGUGUGUUGUUGUGUGAAUCCCCCUAGUUCUGCUACAAUUUCGUCGAUGCACAGGCGGGUGAGCUCGUGCCGUGGAUUCGGCGAGUGUUCAUGUGGGAGCCACGGCGGCGACUGUUCGUCUUUCAAGAGCAGCUGCUUUCUGCCCAGCGCGGCGAGGCGGCGGCCUUUCCGAUUGUGUUUCACUUUCCCAACUUUUCCUGGUGGCGGAAAGGGGCGCUUUACACGCAGCUGGUGCCGUACCUCCUUGGGGGGCCGUAAUGCAGCGUCCGCGGCUCAAACGUUGGCGACAAGAUCUGAAGGCAUCGAGAUGUACAGCUAGAAUGGAGGCUGACGUGGUACAGCUGAAGGCAACACGUGUCAGUCGGAUCUAGAGGAUGCCAUUCAGACAGUGACCCCCCUGACUGCGGUGACACUUCCGCCAACGAGUGCAG